UCUGACGGUUGAAAUAGAAAACCUAAGCGGGUGGCCAGUCCCCUCCGUCUAUAAAGCCGACGAGACGGCGACACCCGCAGACCCUCUCAUUUCCUUUGCUCGGCGCUCGCGUGUUGCGGCCAGUGUCUCUUCAUCUCGAGUUCUUCAUUUGAAAUUAUGGGCAAGGAAAAGGUUCACAUAAGCAUUGUGGUCAUUGGCCAUGUCGACUCUGGCAAAUCCACCACAACUGGCCAUCUUAUUUACAAGCUUGGGGGUAUUGACAAGCGUGUGAUUGAAAGGUUUGAGAAAGAAGCAGCUGAGAUGAAUAAAAGGUCUUUCAAAUAUGCUUGGGUUCUCGACAAGCUUAAGGCUGAGCGGGAGCGUGGUAUCACCAUUGAUAUUGCUCUUUGGAAAUUUGAGACCACAAAGUACUACUGCACUGUUAUUGAUGCACCUGGACACCGUGACUUCAUUAAGAACAUGAUCACUGGAACCUCUCAGGCUGACUGUGCUGUUCUCAUUAUUGAUUCUACCACUGGUGGUUUUGAGGCAGGUAUUUCAAAGGAUGGACAGACACGAGAACAUGCCCUUCUUGCUUUCACCCUGGGUGUGAAACAGAUGAUUUGCUGCUGCAACAAGAUGGAUGCUACUACCCCAAAAUACUCAAAGGCACGAUAUGAUGAAAUCGUCAAGGAGGUCUCCUCUUACCUCAAGAAAGUUGGUUACAACCCUGACAAGAUUCCUUUUGUUCCCAUUUCUGGUUUUGAAGGUGAUAACAUGAUUGAGAGGUCUACCAACCUGGACUGGUACAAGGGUCCGACCCUUCUUGAGGCCCUUGACUUGGUUAAUGAGCCAAAGAGACCCACCGACAAGCCCCUACGUUUGCCUCUCCAGGAUGUCUACAAGAUUGGAGGUAUUGGAACUGUCCCUGUUGGGCGAGUUGAGACUGGUGUGCUUAAGCCUGGUAUGGUUGUCACUUUUGGCCCUACUGGUCUGACCACUGAAGUCAAGUCAGUGGAGAUGCACCACGAGGCGUUGCAAGAGGCUCUUCCUGGUGACAAUGUUGGGUUCAAUGUUAAGAAUGUUGCAGUCAAGGAUCUCAAGCGUGGCUUUGUUGCUUCCAACUCCAAGGAUGAUCCUGCAAAGGAGGCAGCUAAUUUUACAUCUCAGGUUAUCAUCAUGAACCACCCUGGCCAGAUUGGCAACGGAUAUGCCCCAGUGCUCGACUGCCACACCUCCCACAUUGCCGUCAAGUUUGCUGAAAUUCUUACAAAAAUUGACCGACGGUCUGGCAAGGAGCUUGAGAAGGAGCCCAAGUUCCUUAAGAACGGUGAUGCUGGAUUCGUCAAGAUGAUUCCCACCAAACAAAUGGUGGUGGAGACCUUCUCUGAGUACCCACCACUUGGACGUUUCGCCGUGAGGGACAUGAGACAAACCGUUGCUGUUGGUGUCAUCAAGAGCGUCGAGAAGAAGGAUCCAACUGGGGCCAAGGUUACUAAGGCUGCUGCCAAGAAGAAGUGAGCCGUUCCAUUGUACCAAUUAUGUUCGUAGGUUUCUAUAUUUAUGUUAUUCCGAUUCUGCAUGGCAUUUUGAUGUUUUUGACUCCGUUUAUAUUUUUGCUACAAUAUCUGGGACAACAUUGCAACUUAUUUAUUUCGAGAACAUCUAUGGAUUUUAUAUUUUUGCAUUAA